UCACAGUAUCCUUGCCUUCACAUCAUCAUGUCCUUUACAAAUCUGUACUACAAAAGGACCACAGGGACACCCAAGGCUUGCUAUGUCUGCUACAAACCGACUACAGCCUGUCUAGCCACCAUCAACGCUGUUGACUUUCUUUACACGUGUCAAACCCAUCUUACCGACAGAGGCUUUGUUUCAGCUGUGCAAGAAGAACCUGCUAAACCGGCUCUAAGUGAGGAUGAGAUUGCUAAGGUGAAAGAAGAAUGGGAGGAGAAGCAGAAAAGGAAGGCAGAGCGUGAGAGGGAGAAGGAGAAGGAGAAGAAAAAGGUGGAUAAGGAGAAAGAUAAAGAGAAAGACGAGGAUGACGACAAGGGCAAGAAGGACAAGAAAUCCAUGUCACCGAAGUCAUCGCCUUCUCCAGCUUCUCCUUCGACGCCUAAACCGUCUGUAGCUCAUCAGCGUUUUACCCUACACCGUGACAUCUUUACCAUGCGACAAACUGAACAUCGUAGGCGUAGACAAGCCGCGCAGGCAAAGGAUUUAGCGCCUCGUUUACCUGGGGCGCCUCGGGGAGAAUUAGCAUAGCCUAUAAUACCUUUCAGCAUCCCAUUUUGGACGUUCAUAAUAUGAUGUACUUGUACUAAACAGUAUUUAACUUGCUUGAAUAUGUUACGCGGCAAACGAAUC